CUCUCCAGUUGUGAUGCCAUGGGGUGGGCGAAGAGCCUUCGGGGCUCCCAGCCCAUCCCCCUCCUUGUAGCGGGGCGCCUGCGAGCGAAGGGUGCGAGUAGGUGCACCACGGGGAACGGAACAUUUGCUGCCUGCUGAAGCACGGCGGGAGCUUCUCACCGGGCGUUCUGCCCUCGGUGGUCUUUGUGGCCUUUUCACUUGCGUUCACCAGACUCCCAAACGCACAGUGGUGUUCAGCACUCACAGGUUGCGGCGGGUGUGCUGGUCGUGCUCAUAUCGCCUGUAUGGUUCAUAAAACGAGCUGGAGUUCAAAUAUUUCAGUAUUAUCUGACUUUUCCCUCCCCACAAGCCUUUGGUUUUGAACUACGGUGUGUUCAGGAAGUUUCAGACAACUUAAGGCACUUAAUGCUGGGCUGUUCAGCUAAUUACACCGAUGUUACUAAUAAUAUAUAAUACGGUUGCUGGUCUGCAUUCCAUACUCUUUUUCCAUUUUUUUUUUUUUUUUGGAAAGCAGCUUAAUGUUCAAAAACUGAUUGCAGAGUCUUGUUUUCAGCCAUGAUGAUUACAGCCCCUUUUUGGUGUAAGUGGUCCCCCUUACUGCAUUAGUUUUCUGUAGUUUUAUGUCCUGGAUCUGUAUUUGAGAUUCUGAAUUGCACCCAAAGCUGUAGCAAAUGCUGUAAAAGCAGUGCAGGAUAAGCAGGGGAGUAGGACAAUAACUGCGCAAUGCUGUUGAAAUAAAAGAUUCAUAAGUAACAAAACAGGGUUAGCUUAUUGUAUUUUCUCUUCCUCUUUCUUGCAUUCCUAUUUGACCCUCUUCUGCUUUUUCUUCAGUGCAUUGCUUUUUACUAGUAAGAACUUCACAUGCCAGUUGUAAAUCUUAUGGCUUAUGUUUAUUUUUUUUUCUCUCUACCUGUCUUUGGGAUGACUUUGCCUAAUGGCAACAGGACCAAAGUCAUAACUGCAAUGGAUGUGAGCGCUCUAUGUUUUUGAGUCUAUAUAUAUGGAUGUACUUUAAAAAUUCACUAAAUUUUUUUAUCCUUGUUCCAGAUGGAAGAAUUCAUGCUUACUGGUUUGCAUAAAAUAGCAGAGGCUAAAUAGGCAUGAAGGAGACUGUAGUGGGGAUGAGAAGUAUCAAAAGAGAAGAAAUGAAUCCUACAAAUGAUGAUCCAGUGUUUGGGACCGUUUUUGACUGGGACUAUCUCUUAUGGGAAAUUCGUUUGACAUUUUUAGCUGCUGGUUUUCUAAUCUACUUGGGAGUAUUUCUUCUGUCUCACUGGUUGUCUUCUUGGAGAAGUACCACUUACCGUGCCUUGUAUGCAAAGGAGAAAGUGUUUUGGAAUAUGGCAGUCACACGUGGUGUCUUUGGACUUCAGAGUUGUGUUGCUGGGUUAUGGGCUUUGCUCAUAGAUCCCGUUUUUCAUGCUGACAAAGUCUAUUCACAGCAAAAGUGGAGUUGGUUUAACUGUUUAAUAGCAGCAGGAUUUUUCUUGCUUGAAAAUGUAGCAGUUCAUGUGUCCAACAUUAUUUUUAGAACAUUUGAUAUUUUCUUAGUAGUUCAUCAUUUGCUUGCUUUUGGUGGCUUGGCUGGUUUAGUAAUUAAUGUGAAAUCUGGACAUUAUCUGCCUUUGAUGGGAAUGUUGCUGGAGAUGAGUACUCCCUCAACAUGCAUUUCCUGGAUGCUUCUGAAGGCGGGCCGUGCUAACACCUUUUUCUGGAAGGCAAACCAGUGGGUGAUGAUCCAUCUGUUUCACUGCCGCAUGAUUCUUACCUACCACAUGUGGUGGGUGUGUCUUUUCAAUUGGAAUUCUAUUAUAGAAAACCUGGGACUUCUUCACUUUAUUGUUUUAUUCUCAGGACUAUUUGCUGUUACACUAAUACUUAACCCAUACUGGACAUACAAAAAAACUCAGCAACUCCUCAGCCCAACUGACUGGAACUUUGAAAAUAAAGCAGUGGAAAAUGGAAAAUUAAAUGGUGAAACACAUGAAAAGAAGAGGCUAUAGCACUGAAACAACAGUUUCCCAGCAGGGUAACAGAAGAAUACAAUGCAAAGUCAUUCUUUGCAUAUGAACUAGAAGAUUUUGCAAGAAGCUCAUUGAUGCAGUGACUCCUUGCUGGUAGCACUAUAUGUGCAUCACAAGUGUUGAAAAGCAUUGUUUGGGUUUCUUAUGUGUAUACAUACAAGAACUUCAACCCUCAUUAAGAAUUACACCAACAAUUGGUUGGGUUGGACAGUAUUUCAUAAUUUAGUAGUGAUGUGCUCCCUAAUUGCAUGUUUUUUUUUCCUAAUGCUUCGACGUGGCUUUACAGUAAGUCAUCUAUUAAGCUUGGCUUGAAUCAAGUUUAACUUGAAUCCUAUUUCACAUAUGGUAGAGAUACUGAAAAUUACGUUAAAUUGUUUAUUAAGAUCAAUUAUGAUCCAAGUUAGGUAUGCAUGGGUACCUAAUUCCUGUGUGCCAGUGAAUCAUUCCAAGUCACAGAACUGGUCAGUGGUAGUCAUGGCCCAGCUUUGGGUUUUGUCAUUGGCUGGUUUGAGGGUUUGGGGUUUUUUGGGUAUUGUUUUUUUUCUUUUUUUCUUUUAAGCGCUCUUAAGGAACAAGGAAAAUAAUUGUUUGAGUGUUUGCUGUCAAAGUUGUAGUUUUCAGUUUGCCCUCAGUAUGAGAGGAGUUUAUAUCCAUCAAAACCAUGCAUGUGGACAUCCACACAUUUGCCAUAUGAGUGGUUUGGUAGGUAAUCAUAGUGACCCCUUCUGGACUUUAAAUCAAUGAAAUACAAGUGGCAACACCAGAAGGUGACUCUGUGUCAUCCUUGAAAAAAAUGCUGCUUGAUUAGUAAAAUUAUUUUGUUUGUAGGUCCUGUCUGAGGGGUCAAGCAAUUAGUUCCACUAGUGCUUCUGUUAUGGUUCCUCUUAUUUUUGGGAAUGCACUUAAUUAUAGAUGGUUUCAGAAUCGGAGGUGACUCCUCUAUGGAGGAAAGCCCCUAUCACCUCCUGUGGGAGUUCAGUUGUUUUAAUAUUUUUAUUUAACUUUAAAGAACAUACCAAGUGACACUAACAAUCCUUUGCACUUUAUCUGCCACAUCACAGAAAUCUUUCCUUGACCUGAGAAACUGGGUUGCUCUUUACAUAGGGUCUAAUGGUGAUGGAUGUUCUCCCACUUAAAAUAUUGGUUUGAUGGUUCCUGGGUGAAAUGUUGGGAAGUGGAUGGAAGGAUAAUGAUCAUGAUAGAAGACAGUGACGCCUAGUGGCAGGAGAAUGACAGGGGUAUUAGUUUUGGUACACAGAACAAAUUAGAUUUUAAAAAAUGGUCAAUUGGAGCUCUGUGUGACAUUACUGCUACACAAAUUUAUUUCCAAAAGCAUUAAGACUGGGCAAACCCAUGCUGUGAAGAAUUUUACAUUAAGCCAUGAAUUAGAGACUUUGUGAACUGAUCUGUGGUGGAGCAUAUUGUUUUAAAUGUGUGAAGGAAGCACUCUUUGGUGUAAACAGCCCCAUUUUAUUAAUUUCUGUUGGGAGUGUCUUUGAUUUGUUCUGAGUGAAGGGAGUGCUCAGGUUGCUGUGUUCCCUAAUUCACUCUGUCUGAGCACAGAGUUGCUGUUCUGUGAUGGGGAGGAAACUUCUGACUUUAGGUCACAAAUAUAUAGCCAGAUCUUGUUGAUAAUGAUGAAGUGGUGAAUAUCUGAAAUUGCCCAUUCAAAACCAGGCUGAGAGGGUCACAGUAAUUUUACACAGCAAGCCUGUCUGUUAUUGUGCUGAUCUUUAAUAGAUAAAAUCUAAAUUUGGAGCUAACUUCUUAUUUCUAAGCUGGGCAGAAUGAAGUUGCAGUGUUGCCUGCCUGGCCACCAUCCUAUAGUAAAAAGGGUUCUCAAAAGUUUGAAAUGGUGUACCUGUCUUGAGGAGUUGUGUAUGGGAGAGUAAUGUUAAAAGUACUUUGGAAGAAACCAGAAGGAUGAAUUCCUUGGCUAUGGAACCAAAUAAUAUUAUCUGAAUCCAUACCUUGCAGAAUCUAAACCUCACUUGCAGGAGAUCCAGGGAGAAAGGCAGAGAAUAAGUCAUCAGGUAUCAGAAUGAUGGUAUACUCUAUGAAGCUUAAAACUUGAAGGUUUGGAUUCAAUAAAACAAGGUAAUAACUGUUAAAAUCCCAGCUACAGAAUUCUGAAGAGUCCUUACAGAAAAUGGAAGCAUCAGAAGAAGUUUGGGAUGUGUGUGUAAUUCUUAUAGCGGCUGGAAUUCUUAUAGAAUGUGAGGUUACUAUGUAGUAAAAUAAAAGAAUAUGGAGGGUGGGGAUUAGUAGUGAAUUGAGACUGAAAAAAGACAAGUGGAAAUUUAUGUCAUAGCACUGGAUGUCUAAAGUUUAAUAUUUUUUAUUAUUAAUGUGUCUAACUUUACUGAUUGAAUUUUAAAUAUUUCAUUAAAAUUAUGUUUUUAUUAUCAUAA